GAAAUUUCCAUAUAGUGUGUAUGAACAUAGUGUCUUGGCAAGAAUGUUUGCAGACAAAGUCAGUCCUCUGUAUCCAAGGAUUUUAUCAAGGAAUAAGGGACAUAGAAAGCAAGGAAGGAUGAUGGCUAAUGAAAAAAUGUUAGGAAAGAAGACAGGAAAGAUGCAAUGAUCUAUAGUCCUGUUUUGUAAGAAAAGAAGACCUGCACCUACCCAAUGGUUGAGGCUUCUUUGACUGUUGAGAGAGGUUAACAAUAGUGUUUUGUAAAAAAAAUCAACACAAGAAAAAAUUUAUUGUAACUCUCCACUUAAUCGAAAACCAAGGAAGUAUUUGUUUCUCCAGCAUGCAAGCACGCUAUACUGGGCAUAAAUCAAUCUAGGCAUGUAACCGUUUCUAUUAGUGGAAUGGCGACCAGUGGGAGAAAUGUUAAUCUGGGCAGAUAUCCAGCAAAAGAAUGCACGGUCUACUGAGACUUCCCUUGAACUUGACGGACAGCCUCUGGAAUGUACUGGUGACCAGCUUUGCUUGGGUGCUGACUACCAGCUUCUUGAUCAUGUUGGUUAUUUAGGGUAAAAUCUAUAAAGGUGAUAAUUGUUAAAUACAAACUUGACAGUUGUGUACGAAAACAUUACUUAUUCCUUUGAGAUUGAAUAUAAAAGGUGUUCUCUUCAGGAAGGUUUUUUACUCAUAUUUUCAGCUGCUAUUGUAUCUGUCAUGAAAGUUCAAUGUGGCUUAAUAGUAGAGAACAAUGACCUUGGAGGCCAGGGCUCAGAUCUCCAGUUGAAACCUUGGGCAAAUCACACUCUCUCAGCCUCAGAGGAAAACAAAAGUAAAAUUUCUUUAAACAAAUUUUGCCAAGACAACUCUAUGAAAGGUCCCUCUUUGUUAUGUGCUGGACCCUAAAACAAACCUUUCACAGGGGUUUCUGGCACUGGGAGUGUUUGUGUCUUAUCCACAGCCAGUUACCCUAUGGUUUUCCAUGACCAAACAGAAAACUAAACCUUGGUCUCCAGAGUAAUAGUCUAAUGCUCAAACCACUACACCAUGCUGGUUUCUAGAGUCACCUUAGGGCAGUGUUUCUCAACCUGGGGGGGUCAGAACCUCUGUGGGGGGUCGCGAGGGGGUGUCAGAGGAGUCGCCAAAGACCAUCAGAAAACACAUUUUAAUUCACAGUACUCUCUGGAGACAGGUGAACUACAUCUCCUUUAAAUCAUUGUCAAUUCCUCCCAAAUCCUUCCAGUAUUUUCUGUUGGUAAUGGCGGUUCUGUGCGGGAAGUUUGGCCCAAUUUGAUCGUUGGUGGGGUUCAAGGGGUUCUUUGAUUGUAGGUGAACUAUAAAUCCCAGCAACUACUACUCCCAAAUGUCAAGGUCUAUUUUCCCCAAACUCCACCAGUGUUCACAUUUGGGCAUAUUGAGUAUUUGUAUCAAGUUUGGUCCAGAUACAUCAUAGUUUGAAUUCACAGUGCUCUCUGGAUGUAGGUGAACUACAACUCCAAAACUCAAGGUCAAUGCCCACUAAACCCUUCCUGUAUAUUCUAUUGGUUAUGGGAGUUCUGUGUGCCAAGAUUGGUUCAAUUCCAUCGUUUAUGGAGUUCAGAAUGCUCUUUGAUUGUAGGUAAACUAUAAAUCCCAACAACUACAACUCCCAAAUGACAAAAUCAUUUCCUCCCCAUCCCCACCAGUAUUCAAAUUUUGGCGUAUCGGAUAUUUGUGCCAAAUUUGGUCCAAUGAAUUAGAAUACAUUCUGCAUAUCAGAUACAGUAGAGUCUCACUUAUCCAACAUAAACGGGCCGGCAGAAUGUUGGAUAAGCGAAUAUGUUGGAUAAUAAGGAGGCAUUAAGGAAAAGCCUAUUAAACAUCAAAUUAAGUUAUGAUUUUACAAAUUAAGCACCAAAACAUCAUGUUAGACAACAAAUUUGACAGAAAAAGUAGUUCAAUGCACAGUAAUGCUAUGUAGUAAUUACUGUAUUUACGAAUUUAGCACCAAAAUAUCACGAUAUAUUGAAAACAUUGAGUAGAAUAAUGCGUUGGAUAAUCCAGAACGUUGGAUAAGCGAGUGUUGGAUAAGUGAGACUCUACUGUAUUUCCAUUACGAUUCAUAACAGUAGCAAAAUUACAGUUAUGAAGUAACAACUAAAAUAAUUUUAAUGUUGGGGUCACCCCAACAUGAGGAACAGUAUUAAGGGGUUGAGAACCAUUGCCUUAGGGCCACCAGAAAUCACAAAUGACUUGAAGGCAUGCAACAACAAUUAUAGAAAAAACCCAUAAAAAGAACUGACUUGGUUUGUUGUUAGUAGAAUGUUAGGUUGGUAGUAUAUAUGGUAAUCUCAGGGUAUAACUGAAAAUAAGUUCCUGGCAGAGCUUCAGCAAGUUAUUUCUUUAAGCUACAACUUUUGGAUUCUGCCAAGAACUGGAGGAUUGUGAGAGCUAUGCUCCUAAAAAGUAACUGUUGUGAACUGCGGUCCACAAUGGAGCCUAUUAGGCUUGAUCGAUCCAUGAAAAAUUUGAUUCUAAACUCGUUUCAAAACUAGAGGGGGCAGUUUUUCGUUUUUGUUGCUAAUAACGAAUUUGGCCCCCAAAAUUUUUCGAAAUUAACGAAAAUUCGUUAUUUUCUAAAUUAAUUCGUUAAUGGCGGACGCGCAUGCGCGGUGGCCCAAAAACAGCCCGAAGGGGGGGGGACUUAGGGGGCUCUCCCGCCCUCAUUUUUUGAGUGAUCUUCUUCAAACUUGGUACAGUGGUAGAACACAUUUAACACUGAUAGCUCACCAAAAUGUGGAACGUUUCCCUUAUCCUCUGAUUUUUGGCAAAUUUUCAUAGCUUUUAUAAUAAACCUUUUUUUAAUAAUUGCAGUAAUCUGUUCCUGGUUUGAAAGUCUUAUUUCCUGUUAAAUUGGGUUGUCUUUACUGUGAAAGUCAUUGUUCUACUUCAGAAACUUUGUUUUUGUGGCUGAAACUUUGUUAAAUUGGUGUGUGUGUGAUAUAUAUUGUGUGUAUAUAUAUAUAUAUAUAUAGUCCCUGCUUGUGUGUGUGUGUGUGUGUGUGUGUGUGUGUGUGUGUGUAGGUAAAGGUAAAGGUAUCCCUUGACGUUAAGUUCAGUCAUGUCUGACUCUGGGGGUUGGUGCUCAUCUCCAUUUCUAAGCCCAAGAGCCAGUGUUGUCCAUAGACACCUCCAAGGUCAUGUGGCCGGCAUGACUACAUGGAGUGCCAUUACCUUCCCAGAAACACCCAGAAAAUGGGAAUUCCAGACAGGAAACAAUCAGGGCCAGCUAAUACCUCCCAACAAAGGAUUCCCCCAGGUAGGAAGCAGCCAGGCUUUGAAGCUGCAAGGCUAUUCAAUGCUAAUCAAGGUGACCAAUUGCAACAUUCACACUUGCCUCCCACAGACAAGAGUUCUUUCUCCCACCCUGGACAUUAUUCCACAGGUCUAUAAACCCCACUUGCCUAGCUUCGCACAGACGUCAAAACCUCUAUGUCUGCCACAGAUGUGGGUGAAACGUCAGGAGAGAAUGCUUCUGGCACAUGGCCAUAGAGCCCGGAAUACAUACCACAACAGUGUGAUCCCGGCCAUGAAAGCUUUCGACAACACAACCACAGUAUCCAUUCAAGUUCAUGUAGCGUGGUAUGGACUGGAGACCUGUAUUGGGGGGAGGGAGGGUGCGAAUCUGGGCCCCUGGGAGCAGCCGAGGACGGGCCUGGCCCACACCCCCUCGCAUCCCGGGCCUCUUCCUUCCUCUUCCUUUUGUUAUUUAAACUAUAUAUUGUGAAAUUAUGGUGUGUUUUUUUUCAUGCGUGUUCUGUGUUCAAGAUAGGGAGACCAAAGAGGAAAAGCAAGGGAGGGACGGAGGCCCCAACACUUCCGGCUCCCAUGCGAACUCCCCCCUUGUGUGCCUUGGAGGGUGGAGCAUGCGCACUGGCUCUCCCUUUCUCUAUGGCUCUUUUCAGGUCGCUUGGGAACCCGAAGUGCCUCCUCCCUUUGCCUUUGUGUCCAAGAAGGAGAGAAGGACGUUGCAAGAUGUCAAAUAAUCCUUGUACCAGGUAACAUUCCAUGCAUACCUUGCCUGUCAACUGGCAUUGGUCUUACAGAGUAACUCUGGACCAAAAGAAAGUCUUCCCAUCCCAGCCAUGGCUGCAGCAAGGAAAGGCUUAAGCGCUUCUCCUCCGGAUGGCGGUUGGGGGUGGAUGAUUGUGAUCGGCUGCUUCCUCGUUACUAUCUGCACUAGAGCAGUGACAAGGUGCAUUUCGAUUUUUUUUGUAGAGUUCCAGACUUACUUUGCUCAAGAUUAUGCCCGGACAGCUUGGAUCCAUUCCAUUGUGGACUGUGCUACAAUGCUUUGUGCACCACUUGGGAGUUUUAUUAGCAACCAUGUCUCGUGUCAGGUGGGCAUCAUGCUAGGAGGAUUGCUUGCAUCUGCUGGACUUAUCUUGAGUUCCUUUGCCACAAGCCUGGAGCAUCUUUAUCUUUCCCUGGGAGUUCUUACAGGAUUGGGCUUUGCGCUUUCUUAUUCCCCAGCCAUAGCGAUGGUGGGCAACUAUUUCCACAAGAGGAAGGCUCUUGCUUAUGGGAUUGCCAUGUCUGGCAGUGGCAUUGGUACCUUCAUCCUUGCUCCUGUGGUGCAGCUUCUAAUUGAACAGUUUUCCUGGCGGGGAGCCUUACUCAUCCUUGGGGGCUUUGUUUUAAACCUCUGCGUCUGCGGUGCCUUAAUGAGACCUGUUGCUGGGAAGGAGGGCCGCAAGAACAUCCCAGAAUUUCCUGAGCAGGAAUUUGAGCCAGAAGCGCCGAAGCAGGACUUCAAGAAGUGGUCUGUCUGCUCCCCGCUCAUCAAGGUCUGGUCGCACAAGUGGCUGUGCCCAUGUUCAUGGCAGGAAUACAGCUUUCUCCUGAUGCCAGAUUUUGUGGUGCUGGCAGGGUCCGUCUUAUUCAUGGCUUACGGAUGCAGUCCUCUCUUUGUUUACCUGGUGCCUUAUGCGCUGCGGGUCGGAGUGAGUCACCAGCAGGCAGCUUUCCUCAUGUCCAUCCUUGGGGUCGUCGACAUUAUCGGCAACAUCACUUUUGGAUGGCUCACUGACAGAAGGUGUUUGAAAAAGUACCGCUACGUUUGCUACCUCUUUGCAGUGGCCAUGGACGGCCUCUGCUGUCUCUUUCUUCCGGUUCUCCAAAAUUUUCCACUCCUUGUGCCUUUCUCAUUCACCUUUGGGUAUUUCGAUGGAGCCUACGUCACGUUAAUCCCGGUGGUGACAGCAGAUGUGGUGGGCACCAAGUCCUUGUCAUCAGCUCUUGGGGUGGUGUACUUCCUUCAUGCAAUACCCUAUCUGAUUAGCCCUCCGGUUGCAGGUUGGCUUGUAGAUACAACGGGUAACUACACUGCAUCAUUCCUACUCUGUGGAUUUUCCAUGAUAUUCAGUUCAACGUUGCUGUGCUGUGCAAGACUAGCAAAGAAAGUCAAACGGACUCCCUUGAAGCCUCCUGACACAGAUAUCGAUGCCAAGCAACCAAGAAGGACAAAUGGAGCAAUUCUUUAUUCUGUGACUGGAGAACUGGAUCACAAAGAUGUGGAACUGCUGGCUAAUGAGACAAACAGCCAUUGCAAGAGAUGACAGCUUACCAAAAAUUCCUCUUAAGGCACACUAUAAACGUUUGCUAAGAUAGAUUUUUGCUACCUACAUUAUGCUAUUGAAGAUUUUUUUCCUCCUAGCGGCAGGAAUGAUAGGACAGACUCUGUUGCCUUCAACCAAACUUUUCAACUAAACCUUUGCUGUCCUUUGCUGUUAGAAAGACUUUGAUGUUACAAGAGAUGGAAAAGAAGGAACUUCCUUAAAAAAAAAAAACCCAAAUGUGGUUAAAAUAACUUCAGCACAGUUCCAGAAAUCUGAACGUAGAUGUGCUUAUCAUUUAAAAAAUCAUGUUUUCAUGAAGAGACAAAGCUGGACAUUCAAAUAGACAAUGAAAUUAUGCAUAAUUAUGUGAUCAGUAGGCUUGGGCCUGGAUCAGUUUGAUCGAAAGUAAUUUGUAAUAUUCAGUGGUUUGUUUCGUAUAAUCCCCGAAAACAGAAUGGGGAGGAGGGAACAGGAAAGCUGGCCAAAAUGGAUCAAGAAAGCCAAAUUUAUCGGCUACUAGAGAGGAUGAAGUUAAGUUUGCAACAUACCUAAGGCAGGGGUCUGCCAUGGGGAUUCCUGGAGAAGAUGGAAUUAACUGUAGUGUCUUUCCCGGGUGCGGAAAGGUUCCCUAGGCUCCUCCUCCAGAGAUGGCCUUGCUGGAAACUCGCUUUCCCAGCAGCACUUGCAUGGGGUGGGCAUUGAAAAGCCCGAGUUCCUCUUGGAGCAUGAUGGGAGUUGCACAAAUCUAGCUGUCAUGAAUCCAAUAAGUCUUUUAAUGUUGCAGUUGACUAUUCUUUCUUGCCUGGAAUAUCUUGAUAAUGGAUAUACAUGCGUAUUUCAUGUGAUCUUUGGUUAACUCUGAAAAAAUGUCUCCAUGAUUUGCAAAGGGACUUUGCUGGAGAUAUGUUUUAUACUGUGGUUGACCCUAUUUUAACUAUCACAGAAUCAUCUGUAAUGAUCUGUUGUGUCUAGAUAUGAUAAACAACUGAGAUAUCACUUUGAAAAGGUAUUGAUUCCUGGAGAAUUUCCUCUUCAAAAGAAUUUGAAAACAAUUCAUAUUAUGAGAGCAAUACAAAGGCUUUUCUCUUUGGAAAUAUUUUAGAACUGAGAUUUGUUUGAAAUUCAAGUAACUCAUGGAAUUGGUGGCACAGAGGAGGUGCAAAUGACAAUAUUUUCUAAAACUUGGAGCAAUCAUAAACUUCUGCUGCUUUGAUUUAGUUUAGUUUAUAAAUUGGCUCCCUAUAUCAAAGCUAGUUGAAGACAGACUCCACUACUAUGACUCAUUCAUGGGAGACUGGGCAAUUCAUAAAGGCAUCCAUCCACGUGGAUGCAUUCAUGUUGAGCGACCUCAUGGGCAUUUAUGACAAGCUUCACAUUCUUGCUUGGGAAAUCUGUAAGAGUCGGCAUUAUGUUAGAGAUCAUCAGUAAAUUGAAUUGGCAAGGUGUAUCCUGUCUGCUUUUCCAAAAACAUCACCAGAUAUUAAAUGUUUUCCAUUAUAUUA